AUGCCGUUCCAAAUACCAUUCGAAUGCGAGCCCUUCUACAUGCGCCCCCUGCUGUUGAUCAAGGGAUUAUUCGAACUCUGGGUCCACUUGGCCAUCCACUUCUUCAUCCCAAUCGCUGUCGGAUUGGCUAUAAUAUUCGUUAUCGCCUUCUUGGCCUUCGCCAUACUUGCAGCGUUGUUUGGUUGGGAUCUGGGUUCUGAUGAGGACAAAGGGAAGAGAGAGAAAGGGAAGGAGGGGAAAGAGAACAACGAGCGAGAACAGAAGGUGAAUCAGGGAAAACCAGAUGCGGAAAUAUUUACCUCGUCUCUUCCUGUAACUGCGGGCGGCUCCAAUAGUACCGUCGACCUGCAGAAGCGUCUUGAGAUUGAGCUUGAACUUCUUAGGGAGAUGGUAGUUGCUAGGAAGGAGAGGUUGGAGGCUUUGAAGAAGACGCAGUUGGGGGUUGAUGCUUCGGAUUUGGAGGUUUUGGAGAAGGUUGAAUAG